UUGGUUUCUUUUCAAGUUGGCGUAGAGCUGGUCGCACCUCGCAACGAUGGAUCUCGUCUUGUUGUUUCUACACGAGAAACCGAUAGAGCUACUGCAGAUGAUUUGGUCGCAUUGGCACAGCAGUUAUCAACUGCUCGUGAGCUAGUUAAGGGCCGAGCCUGUGAUCGGUUAAGAGGUAUUGCGGAACAAAUGGAGCAGCUGCAGAAGGCUGCUCUAAAGGUGUUAGAAGAAGCUAAACGAGAUGAAGAAUUGCACAACGUAGCCUGCAAUAUGCAGAAGCAGCCUGGACGUGUUUAUCACCUCUACCAAAGAAAAGAUGGAUACAGGUAUUUCUCGCUGCUGUGCCCAGAUGAAUGGGGAAAGGAGGAGAAAAGGAAAGAAUACGUAGCUUCAUAUCGCUUGGAGCCUGAUCGUAGUUGGACUCCAACGGCAGAUAUUGUCAAGCGGGAUCUACAAUUUCGUGGUUUGGAUGCACUUCUCAAGCAACCAAUUUUCAAAAUUGAACAGUAUUUGCAUGACGCUUCUAUGGUGGGACAAGAGACGGUGAUACUCGACAAUGGAGGCUACACAAUGAAGAUUGGCACAAGCCGUGAUAUCGAGCCAAGACUGAUCCCGAAUUGUAUAGUCAAGGCCAAGGCGGACCGAAAGCGGGAGUUUGUUGCCGAUGAACAGUCGGAAUGCACGGAUAAAACUGGUCUCUUCUACGUUUUGCCAUUCGAAAGAGGCUACUUA